ACGCUGCUGGCGAGACAAGCGGGUGCCGGACAGCGAAACGGAGUGUCAAAGUGCUCCUCAAACCUUAAAUGAUGAUUUUUAAACAUGUGGGAGAGAAGCACAAUGUAUUUAGACCGCAAAUAUGAUCUGUUUCCCGUUAAAAUGGGAUAUUCACAUUUUCUUUAGUUUUUGUUUAAAUCAAGGGAAUUCUAUGCAGAUAAGGAGAAAAUACAAAAAGGGAUCAUUUAAUUCCCAAAAACGCGGAAUAAGCUGCUAUUUAAUGUUUUGAAGGGUCUUCAUAAAGUGACCGGACAAUGCGUGGAUGCGACAAUAAGGUCCGGAUGCUUUUCUCAGCAACCGCUCUUUGGAUGAUCGUCUUGUCCUGUCAGCAUAGCAAAGCGGAGGCACGAGUUUUGAAACUUGUGAUCGCGGUAUUUCGACAUGGUGAUCGCUCCCCGAUUGAAGCAUACCCGACUGAUCCUAACAAGGAAAGCAUUUGGCCUCAGGGCUUUGGCCAGCUCACCGAACUUGGGAUGAAGCAGCAGUAUGAACUGGGAAAGUAUUUAAAAAGGCGGUACACAGGUUUUCUAAGUGAAGACUACAAUCGCAAAGAGGUUUUUGUACGUAGCACAGACUAUGACCGUACCUUGAUGAGUGCACAAGCCAACUUGGCUGGCUUGUAUCCACCAAAAAAAUCUCACCCAGUGUCUCCAGGCCUCACAUGGCAACCUAUUCCUGUACACACUGUCCCCACCACCCAAGAUAAGCUACUGAAGACACCCAGCAAACACUGCCCUCGAUUCCGAGAGUUGAUGGCAGACACAUUCAAGACUGAUGCGUACCAGCAGAUUAUACACUCCUAUAAGGAUUUUAUUCACAACCUGUCCAAUCACACAGGUUACUCGAUGGACAAAUUAGUUCUGCGCAAGGUGUGGAAAGUGUAUGAUGCACUGCUCUGUGAGAAAUCUCACAACCUUACUCUCCCUGAAUGGGCCACCUCCUCAGUUAUAGCUACACUGGAAGAGAUUGCCUCCUUUGAGGUUGUUUCAAGCAUCAUCCACCACCGGAGGGAGGAGAAAGCCAGACUGGCAGGAGGGGUUCUGCUUGACGCGAUUCUGAGGAAUUUCUCCAGCGCUGUGAAGCGUGCCAGUCCCCUGAAGCUCAUCUUGUACUCUGCUCACGACUCCACCAUUAUAACCCUUCAUGCAGCCCUUAAUAUCUACAAUGGCCGACUGCCUCCAUAUGCUGCUUGCCAGCUAUUUGAGUUUUACCAAGAAGAAGAUGAUUCAUACAGUGUUGGGCUUUUCUAUCGGAAUGACUCAUCGCUUGAUGCUCAUGAACUUGUUCUGCCCGGCUGCACCUCACCCUGUCCACUAGAUCAGUUCACAGACCUAACCAGGAGUGUCAUUGCUACAAACUGGGAAGAAGAGUGUGGCACAGCACAAAAUGUGACUCCUUCAGGGCUGGUCUUGGGUCUUUCAAUCGCUGUUGGAUUCCUUGCAGUUGUACUGUUAGGAAUGGGAGCUGCACUGCUCUACAGAAGAAGAGGUUAUGAGUCUGUCAGCAAGUGAUACAGACAUUUGCAGUGGAAGCAGGAGGCAGGAUGUGCCUACAACUCAGUAGACUUCAAAUAAAGAAAUGGUGGGAAAACCUUCUUCAUUCUUAUCAUCCAUCCCUGGGAAACUUGCCGAAUGUUCAGAACUCAAGCUUAGUGAGUGAAGGAAUCAAACAUCAAACAUACUUGUGAAGAGCACUGAAAAUCAUUUAGGGCUGUAUUAAAAUGUAAUAAGAACACAAACGUGAGACACACAACAUGAACUAUAGAUACUGUAUAUGUAUAAAAUGUAUAUAUGGCAUAACAUUCAGAAGCAUUUGAGUAUGUCAUAGGUAACUGAUGGAGAUUUUGAAAUUUUGUUAGUUACUUCUUCAAGAGUCAGUAGUCACAUUUUUGAGUUUUAAAUAUUUUUGUAAGAAUGAAUAAUAUUCAUAAAUAAUAGUGAUAAUAUAAAGCAAUUGAAUUUGUGAGUAGAAUACAUUAAAAUGCACCUUUUUAACAUGUACUCUACAUUAUGAUGUAGUUAUAAAAAUAGCCCAGAUUUGUUAGUUGUGGCUCAAUAGCUUUGAUAGACAGUAGAUUCCAAUUAAUGUGAUGCAAAGAUGUCAUCAAUUGAAGUGCUACUGUUAGCUAUUGGUUGUGGAGGGUCUGUGACAACUGUACUUCAAAUUUCUUAAACAUAAAAAGGGGA